AACUUCAGAAGUCAUAUCUUUGGAAGGUACACAUUGCGAUGUAGAUGGUGUGGUGGUAAAGUAAAUAAACUAGUGUGGUUAGUGACACGGGUAUACAACAUGGGUAUUUUGGAAAAGAUAUCGGAAAUUGAGAAAGAGAUCGCCAGAACCCAAAAAAACAAAGCAACUGAAUAUCAUCUUGGUUUGCUGAAAGCGAAACUAGCUAAAUACAGGUCACAACUUCUUGAACCACCAAAAAAAUCAGAGAAAGGUGAAGGUUUCGAUGUAUUAAAAUCGGGCGAUGCUCGUGUUGCCUUGAUAGGAUUCCCUUCAGUUGGAAAGUCUACUCUUCUCAGCACACUAACAACUACACAGAGUGAAACUGCUUCGUAUGAAUUCACAACUCUUACUUGUAUACCUGGAGUUAUUGAAUACAAAGGUGCAAACAUCCAACUCCUGGAUUUGCCAGGUAUCAUAGAAGGAGCUUCGCAAGGCAAAGGAAGAGGACGGCAGGUGAUUGCUGUAGCUCGAACUGCAGAUUUAGUCAUGAUGAUGCUUGAUGCAACCAAGCAGGAUGUUCAAAGGGUCCUGCUGGAAAAGGAACUGGAAAGUGUUGGCAUCCGAUUGAACAAGAAGAAACCAAAUAUAUAUUUCAAGGUGAAGAAAGGUGGUGGCCUGUCGUUUAACUCUACUUGUCCUCUUACACGAGUGGAUGAGAAACUUGUGCAGAUGAUUUUACACGAGUAUAAGAUAUUCAAUGCUGAAGUUCUGUUUAGGGAAGACUGUACACCAGAUGAACUGAUUGAUGUUAUAAGUGCUAACAGAGUCUACAUGCCAUGCCUUUAUGUUUAUAAUAAAAUAGAUCAGAUAUCAAUAGAAGAAGUAGACCGAAUUGCUAGACAACCGAAUAGUGUUGUCGUGAGUUGCAAUAUGAAGCUAAAUCUGGAUUACCUAUUGGAGAAACUGUGGGAGUAUCUGUCUUUGAUUCGUGUGUACACUAAGAAGCCUGGUGAACCUCCAGACUUUGAUGAUGGCCUUAUUUUAAGAAAAGGUGUUACUGUUGAGCAUGUUUGCCACGCUAUUCAUCGUACAUUGGCUGCUGCAUUCAAAUAUGCACUUGUUUGGGGGACAAGUACAAAAUAUUCUCCACAGCGUGUUGGUUUGCAUCAUGUUAUGCAUGAUGAAGAUGUUAUACAAGUUGUAAAGAAAUAAUUAUGCGUGUGUGAAGUAAAAGGAUCCCAAGAGAUACUCAGUGCUUCCAUUAAGAGCAAAACCUAACCAUUUGGCAAGAGAUGUAUUUUACUUCUGUAACAAGAGAUUAAAUAAAGUUAUCAAAACAAUA